AUGAAGGUGUUUUAUGUAUGUACUUUGAUUGUUUUAGUUUUCUGUGUUCUGUUGUACUCCUUUCUGGAUGUACGGGUACCAGAACCUAUUGAGGAGAAGUUCAGUAUCAGGGUCAUGGAGGGAUGUAUGAAAAACAUCGGCCAUUUUAUAGGUGUUCUGAUUGCUCUUGGCAUUACAAAACCAUUUUCACCAAUGUUGAAAGGAAUUGGUAACAAUACAAACGUAAAAAAACUUUGGAUGAUAACUUUUAAAUUUCUUUUCGUAGAUAACUAUGACCUCUUUAACCAAAGACUUUCAAAGGAAACUGGUGUAGUUAUCAUAUCAGUGGAAUACCGACUGAGUCCUCAAAAUCCUUAUCCAGCUGGAUUGGACGACAUAAGAAAUGUUGUUUCAUACGUCUUCAAUAAGGCUAGGAAUCUUGGAGUUGAUCCAGGCCGUAUUGCAGUAGGUGGAGACAGUGCUGGCGGGAAUCUUGCUGCAGCAGUUCAACUUCGCUCUGAAAUGCGCGGGAAAAUAGCAAUGCUGCUUUUACUGGUGCCUGUUUUACAGGCGGUGAACAUGAAAACAAUCGGGUUUAUAGAAAAUGUAGAGUAUCUAAACAAAAGUAUUAACGAUCCACAAAUGACAAACUUUUUCUUGAAUUACCUUAAUUUAGAUCAUUUAUUGUGUGGUGCGUUUCUGAACAAUCUUCACACGUCUGCUGAUUUUAAACGAGGGAAAUACAAGUUUUUGUUUGAUCAGCAGAAAUAUUUACCUGAUAAAUAUAUACGAUCCAAGGAGCUUAGACUAAAGAAACCUGAGGUUGAAUAUAUUGGCAAUGAAACUUUAUUUAAGGAACUGAAAGAUAAACUAACAGAUCCUACCAUCUUUCCUUUAAUGGCAUCUGAUGAAGAACUGUCUCAUUUCCCGUUUACAUAUAUUUUGGCUGCCGGAUAUGAUUUGAUCCGUGACGAUGCAAUUAUGUUUGCAGAGCGUCUUAGACAUCUUAAUAAAGACGUAGAACUUUCACAUAUAGCUGAUGGUUUCCACAACGCAUUAUUAAUGUUUAGUGGUCCUCUUCAGACGAAUGUUGGAGUGAGAACAGUUAAUGACAUCAUCAGAGUGCUUAAAAAACUAUAGCAACAUGUAGAGAGUGCUACCUAUGUUCUUAAUUUAAAUAAACGGUUACAAACAUUUUUUUAAGAUGAAGUGAUAUUGCAUUACUUGAUAUUGUUAUUGUAGCACAUAAAUAUACAAUACCUGUAUAUAACGACAAUUUAAAGUAACAACUCUUUCGAGAGUACAUUUAUACUACCAUGUGGAACAGCAUCCUCAAGAACUACGUCA